UCAACUCCUGGAAAAAAUGAGUUCCAGCAUUUCAGCAAAAUGCAUCACAAGAAGGCUAGAAGGCAAGGUGGCAUUGAUAACCGGUGGUGCAAGUGGAAUAGGAGAGUACACCGCCAGGCUGUUUGUCCAACAUGGAGCAAAGGUACUCAUUGCAGAUGUUCAAGAUGAUCUUGGGAAGUCGCUCUGUCAAGAAUUUGGUUUCCGAGAAGAUAUCAUCUCUUAUGUCCACUGUGAUGUGACUUCUGACUCUGAUGUCCAAAAUGCUGUGGAUACUGCCGUCUCCAGGUAUGGAAAGCUCGAUAUAAUGUUCAACAAUGCUGGGAUUGGGGGUGACGCAGAAUCAGGAAUAUUGGCUUGUAGUAAUGAAAAUUUUAAGAGAGUAAUAGAUGUCAAUGUGUUUGGUGCCUUAUUGGGUGCCAAGCAUGCGGCCAGAGUGAUGAUCCCAGCCAAGAAAGGCUGCAUACUAUUUACUUCAAGUCUAGCCUCAGUAUGUUGCGUGGAUACUACAUUACAUGCCUAUACAACAUCAAAACAUGCAGUUGUAGGGCUAGCCAAGAACCUGUGCGUGGAGUUAGGACAGUAUGGGAUAAGGGUUAACAGUAUUUCUCCAUACGCUGUUGCAACCCCAAUGUUAACAAAUGGUUUCAAGAUGGGGAAGAGGGAGGCUGAAGAGUUUAUUUCAUCAACUGCAAAUUUGAAAGAAGUAAUAUUGGAACCAGAAGAUAUUGCACAGGCAGCCUUGUACCUAGCGAGUGACGAGUCUAAGUAUGUCAGUGGGAUGAACUUGGUAGUUGAUGGAGGCUAUGGUCUCACAAACCCUUCCUUCGGAAUGGCAAUGAAAAGCCUAUUUGCUUAAGAUAAGUGGUCUCUUAUCCAUGAAAUUUCAAAUAAGACGGGGCUCUUUCUGCUCUUUAUAAUGAUUCAGGCUGUUUAUGACAGAUCCUGUAUUCUUAAUGACAUGAUACUUGUAAUGGAGAUUAUAAGUUGGUGCCAGUACAUAAGGCCUUGUUUUCAUGGCCAUUUACAAUUUUUUAAGCAUCUUUG